GGCUGUAUCCAGGCACUCUGCUGUGCUUAAGAACAGCCCUUAGAUGUGGUAUAUUGGCCACCACACCCCCCCGUGCCUUAUUAAGCAAUACAGUCCUAAACCAGGUGUUACAUGUUCUCAUGCAGUAAACCAUAAAUGACCCAAGGAGGCAGAAACAUACUUGUCACUUGCCAAGGCAAUUUAAUUACAAAGAAAAUAGACUUUUAAAUGAGUAAAACAUUUGGUACCCUACAUGUGAAUGCAAUUACAUUUUUACAUUUUAGUCAUUUAGCAGAUGCUCUUAUCCAGAGCGACUUACAGUUAGUGAGUGGAUAAUUUUUUAAAAAUUCAAUUCAUGAACGUCAUUGUAUCAGAACAACACAUUUAACAGGAUGACGUACAGUGUUUAUCGGACAUAAUACAACUUUCCAAUACCUUGGCACUUUUGUUGCAGUAACAUAUACUGGUAACUAGCUCUCAAACUCUAGGCGGCAUUCUGCCUUCUACCUACAGUUUUCAGCCAUUAGCUUCGUCCACGACUACCUCAUGUGAACUACAAUCCUGACGCUUUGUUUUAACGUUUAGAAACAUCACUAAUCAUCGCUUGCGAUAUGGCUUUCGAAACAUAUGGCCUUUAUCUUUCAUCAGGGAGAAAGAAUGUUUAAAAUAAAAAUAUAUACACUUACUGUAGCAGUUUUGCACAGAUCCAUACAGCUAUGGCUGCCUUCAUCCGACGAAACUACACUUCCCGAGUUACGCUUACACACAGGUGUUCGGAGCGUGCUAAUUAGCACUGGUGGCCGCCUCUUGGCUUCCAUAAACAAGCGCUGUAACAUGGAGAUACGGCCGUGUGGGAACACUGACCCUAAACCUAUCAAGUUGUCGAAGGUCCUUCAGAACGAUGCUGAGCAGGAGAGGGAUAUGAGGGCUGAGAUCCAGGAGAUGAAGAAGGAGCACAACUCCGUUAGCAUGAUGGAUGAGUUCGCCAGAUACGCCAGACUAGAGCGCAAAAUCAACAAGAUGACGGACAAGCUGAAGACACAUGUCAAGUCAAGAACUGCUCAACAAGCCAAAAUGAAAUGGAUGGUGAAUAUAGGUUUUUACAUCCUGCAGGCUGCUCUGAUGAUCUCACUGAUUUGGAAGUAUUAUGCUGACCCAGUGACUGUUGUACCCAGUAAGUGGAUUGCCCCCCUGGAGCGGCUGGUGGCUUUCCCAUCUGGAGUAGCAGGUGGUGUUGGAAUCACAUGCUGGCUGGUGGUGUGCAACAAAGUGGUGUCUAUUGGUCUACAUGCUGUUAGCUAAGGAAUGGUAUCUUUUCAUGUCUUAUUUAUUCCCCAAAUGCUCUGAGAAUAAAGUCAGGCGGUGUUACUCAGCGCUUUGAUAUUAAAGUGUAAAUCGGUACUGUUGGUAAGCACUUUUACAAAGCACCACAUAUUCAAACGUUGCCUUACAUUGCUAGUGUUAUUGCACAUAUUUGACGGUCUCUCAUGUUGGCUUUGGAAUCGGAUGUUAUUUCACAAAUUGCUACACUGCGUAAUGAUUGUAUGAGCAUGUUUUAAUGACCAUUUAUUUAAAUCUCAUUCCAACUUAUUGAAAUGAGUUGAGCAAGAAGUGUUAAAAUUGUUUAAUAUUGUUAUGUAAUUUUGUUAAUUGUUAUUCAUGUUAAUUGUAGGCAUGGUCUGUGGCACAUUUUCAUUUGCUGAAUGAAAGCUGAACUAAUAUCACAAAGUUUACUGUUUGGGUUUUGGAAGUGUUGAAGUAUGCAUACUUCAACACAAUAAAGAAUUAAAACUGAA